CCAAAUCUUGCCUGAAUUUUGCACAUGGGUGUUUGGGAUCGUAAAUCCUUCCUGGUGUCCCGUUCCGCCCUUAUUAGGCACUUCAACAGUUUUAUGUCUCAUUGGCGGCGUUGACCAUGGAGCCUUCCAACAACUCUACAGUGUCCUCCAACAACAGCAAUCUGUUUAACAAGUUUGUCCACCUGGACGGAGAGCUAUCGGAGAGGUUUCAUACCUUGUGGGUUGUCCUGGUAGUGAUCAACACCAUCAUCUUCCUCAUGGGCGUGGUGUUGAACUCCGUAGCACUUUACAUCUUCUGCUUCCGCAUCAAAACGAAGACCACCUCGGUCAUCUACACCAUCAACCUUAUCAUCACCGAUCUGCUGGUGGGCUUCUCUUUACCUGUCCGGAUCAUUGUCCAUUACGGCGCCAAGGACUGCUACACCUGUGCCCUUGUCCACAUUUUCACCUAUUUUGUCAACAUGUAUUGUAGUAUCCUCUUCCUGACCUGUAUCUGCAUUGACCGGUAUUUGGCUAUUGUCCAGGUGGAGGCUUCGCGCAAGUGGAGGAACCCCAACUAUGCCAAAAGUAUCUGUGUUUUCAUCUGGACUUUUGCCACUGUCCUCACCUUCUCCAUCCUCACCCUGGCCAUGAAGUUCUCCUACUGCUGCAUCGCGCAGAUCUUGCCCCUAAUGGUCUGCGAGUACUUCUUCCCCUUGAUCGUCCUCACCUUCUUCACCACCAGGAUCAUGUGUGCGCUUUCCAAGCCCACUCUCAUGCACCAGAGCCGGGAGAGACGGAUGCGAGCCGUGCAACUCCUCAUCACUGUCCUCAUCAUCUUCAUGAUCUGCUUCACCCCUUUCCACGUGCGCCAGUUGGCCAUCGCCAUCAACCCGGCCAUGUCCUACGACCUCAGCUUGGUGGUUUACCACGUCACGGUCACCUUGAGCAGCCUCAACAGUUGCAUGGAUCCCAUUGUCUACUGCUUCGUCACCAACAACUUCCAGUCCACCAUGAAAAACAUCUUCAGGAAGUCAGAGCUGGAGCAAGCCAGCGGGGAGGUCAACAGCGCCCACAAAGGGUCCGGAUCGAAUGCACUCAUGGCAUUUGCCAAUGCGAUCGGGAACCCCAUGGGCCUGUCUUUGCCCAACAACUCCACAAACUCCUAG